AUGGCGGAGCGAGUGGCCGACUUGACUCGGACCACGACUGCUUACGACCCCUAUCCCCACUCUGCACUUGCUGUAUACCACUUUCUAGACUUAUACUGCUUGCGUUCAGCUCUCACGAACCGCACGGUCGACGCCCGACCUCAAGGCCAUGAAUCUCAAACCGACCCAGAGUCUCCGCAGCAGCCGGUACGACAAACUCCGGUACCCAAGCUGCAGCUCUUGACUGUACGUGAUAUUUCCUAUGUGAACCAAAUGGUUUGGGACCUAGGAGUCACCGACGACCCUAAGAAAGUUGGAUUCUACUCGGGAAUGAUAGAUUCUUCGUUUGCCUUUGCGCAGGUCCUUACCGUUUACUCGUACGGUGCACUUUCUGAUCGAAUUGGGAGGAAGCCCGUUGUACUCAUGGGAACAUUUGGAGUUGCUCUUAGCGCCGCUCUUUUUGGUCUGUCAUCCUCAUUCACUCACAUGAUGGCUGCGCGGAUGGUUGCCGGCCUCCUUUCCGGCUAUAUAGCCGUACUCCAUUCGAUCUUGGGAGAGAUCACGGACGAUACGAACCAAGCAGCUGCCUAUCCGAUCUAUGCUUUGUGUUACCCCAUUGGCUCAUUCAUAGGUCCUCUGGUCGGUGGAGCAUUGGCAAACCCAAACGAGAGCAUCCCACACCUAGUUCCCGCUUUCCUGCAUGGUUUAUUCGACAAAUAUCCAUAUAUGCUCCCAAGCAUGGCAGCGUGUACGGUGGCGGCUAUGUCCUUCGCGUUUGUGUUCAUUUUCUUGGAAGAGACUUUACCUUCCAUGGUUCGUCGCAAAGCACGCAAGAGAAGCGGUGCGUCGACUCCGACUUCGCUGUACGGUGCUCGGGGGCGAACACUCGAGCGAACAGGCCAAUAUUCAGGGUCCGAGCAGAGCGCCGAGUCUAGCUCAAGCGCUUCGCCCAGUACUGAACAUUCCAGGUACUCGAGUGCCUCGACCCGUGUAGGAGAGGACGAGCUCCCCAAGAAAUGCCCCAGCGAAACAGACGCAUUGCUUGCCACUGCCGAUGAUGAGGAUGAAGAUGAGCAGCCUCAUAACUGGACAGUUCGCGAACUCCUCAAAUUGCCCGAAUUGCGGCAAUUGUACCGGUCUUCGAUGAUUUUGAGCUUCAUCGCGGAAUCUUAUGUCGUCGUCUUCGUUUUGUUCGCGUACACCAAAAUUCAAUAUGGUGGACUAGGCUUCGAGCCCGCCGAAAUUGGAUUCGUGCUUGCAACAGCCGGGGGCAUAUCCUUUGCCCUUCAAAUACUUGUUCUUCCCGUGAUCCUUCGCCGCGCCAAGCCAACCAAGACGUUUGAAGCAUGCAUGAUGCUCUGGCCUAUCGGAUUCGCCAUUCCUCCUAUCUUGAACAUUAUCGCCCGAACGGCAUCCGAAAAUGGGAAGCACCCGAUUGGACCUGCUGCUUCAGCAGCGAUUUGGGUUGGCAUAUGGGGUGCGCAGUUGAUUACUAAACUGGCAUGUAUGGGCUAUGCGAUGAACAUGGUCAUAGCUAGGCAGAGUGCACCAGACCAGCGUGCACUAGGUACCACUAAUGGACUCAACCAACUUUUCAUGUGUAUAGCAAGGAUGUUUGCUCCCGCCGCCGUCAGUACUAUCUUCGCGCUUUCUAGCGAAAACAAUUGGUUGGGUGGUCAUUUAGUCUGGGUUAUCAUGAUUAUUUUGUCGCUUCUAGGUUGGAAAGCUUCCGUGUGGAAGUAA